CUAACCGCUUCUGCUCCAAAAAUAAAACUAAUAAUAAUAAAAAAAAGAUAAAACGGUCCUGCACCCGACGUUUACUCGGGUUAGCUCUAUUUUAGGCAAUUAUUUUAUGCUUUUAUUUCCACAGCAUUUCUUACAUAGAUCAUAAAAAUAAUGAGAUGUCUGAUGAAAACGGAAUUCAACACUUGCCAUCCAUUCCGAGGGAUGUUUUGCAAGAUCUUUGCAGCCGCUUCUUAAUCAACAUUCCUGAAAAUGAAAAAAACAACCUGGUGCGUAUAUGUUUUCAAAUUGAACUUGCCCAUUGGUAUUACAUAGAUUUUUCUCGACAAGAAAACCCAGAUCUUCCAUCAUGUGAUAUGAAAAACUUUAUAUUUAUAAUCUUUAAUGAGUUUGAAUUUUUGAACAAAAAAAAGCAAUCUGUUCAGUCCAUUUAUGAAAAUUGGAAGCAAUACAAAGUUCGUGUUCCUGUUUAUGGUGCUAUUUUAUUGGACGAAGAACUGGAGAAUUGUCUUCUGGUCAAAGGAUUUCACAAGAAAAUUAGUUGGGGUUUUCCUAAAGGAAAAGUCAAUAAAGAUGAAGGAGGUCUGGAGUGUGCUGCACGAGAGGUUUGGGAGGAAACUGGUUAUGACAUUCGACCAAUAGCACAUCCUGAUCAAUUUAUUGAAAACACAAUACAUGAUCAUCAAGUACGUUUAUAUAUUGUUGCUGGUGUUGUUAAAAACUUUGAUUUUAAACCAAACACAAGAGGUGAGAUUAAGGAAAUUCGAUGGUUUCCCAUUCAACACCUGCCAACUCAUAAAAAAGAUCCUGCUCCUAAAGAAGUAUUUGGAUUGUUUGCCAACAAUUUCUUUAUGAUUCAUACAUUUAUCAAACCUCUGCGAAAAUGGAUUCAAGAAAAAAGUGAAAGCAUGGGUAGCUUUAAAAUAAAACCGCCUAUUACAUUAAGUCACCCAGAAUGUGCAUUAGUAUUAGAUGACUUACAUUCAAUUCAACAAAAAAGACACGAAGAGGCUGAAAAGUUUCGCCAUAUGCAUAUGCUAAUUAAUCCACUACAGUCUAGCAAAGAAAGUGAAAACACAUUAAAGUCACUUUUAGGAUUGAACACUUCCAAAACAAAGAUACAAACUCAACCAGAUGCUAUUCGUAAGCUCUUAACAGGGAAUUUAGAUAUAUCUCCUCAUCAUCCUUUUCAGGAAACAUUCAAGCAGUCUGUAACUUGUUCAAAUGAUAUUGUUGUACAACAUGAAAAUAAACAAUACAUAAAUGCACAAUCUCAUAGCCAAUCAUUCAAAAAUCAUCAAGUUUUUGAAAAUCAAGUAGUAAAAUCAAAAUUGCAGCAUGAAAUUGUUUCUAAUUUUACAAAGAAUUCAAAUGGACAGUCACAAACAAAAAAAUCAGUUAAUGUAGAUCAAGAUGUAAAUAAAUUAGGUUGUGAUGGAGAGAAGCAAAUAUCUGUGACAUUAUCUGUGACAUCAUCUCUUCAUUUUCAUAAUAAUCGAAGUUUGGAAUGCUAUGAUAAUGAAGUUCCUUUUAAAGGAAAGAGUGAUACAAAGUGUUCAAUAAAGCCUCGAACAUCAAAAUUAUCUGAUUUUGCUUUUAAAGCUCCUGCUUUUUUAAAUUUUAAAUUUAACUAUGAUGAGAUUCUUUCAAAAUUGAAUUGUUAAAAUUAAGAAAAAAAUGUUUUAUGUGUGUUUUAUAAUUAUUUAUGAAAAUCUUGUUACACUAAAAUAAAUAUUGAUAAUUUUACUUGCAUAUAAAAUUUUUCAUUUAAAAUUAUAUAGAAA